AAGGAAGCAAACGAGAGGAGAAAGUGGAAGCAAGAGAGUGUCAGUGAAAGAAGGCAGUCUGACUGCACAGAAAAGGCGCUCUGCAAACAGCGCGCACUCAUUGAGUCAGUGAUAUUCUGAACACGGAGAGCUGGUGCAUUUGAGCUCGAGAAAACAGUUUUCAGUGCAGAGAGACAGCACAGAGACAGAGAAACAGAGGAAGUGGAGUGAACAGAGAAGAGGAGAGGAGAGGAGAGGUUCUUCGUGGAGAGAUGGACUCAGAUUCUGGGGAUCAGAGUGAAGGAGAGCUCUCUCCAGGGCAAGAGAGCUUCAACUCCAAGAGUUUGGCCCUUCAAGCCCAAAAAAAGAUCUUGAGUAAAAUGGCCACCAUGGCCGUGGCAAAUCUCCUCACAGACGAUACCAGCAGCGAGAUUCUGGAUGAACUCUACAAGGCCAGUCGUGAAUACACCAAGAGCAAGAAGGAAGCCCAUAAGAUCAUCAAAGAUGUCAUAAAGAUCGCCCUGAAGAUUGGCAUUCUCUACCGAAACCACCAAUUCAGUCCUGAUGAGAUGGAGACCGUCGAGCGCUUCAAAAAGAAGAUGAACCAGGCAGCGAUGACGGUGGUGAGCUUCUACGAAGUGGAGUACACAUUCGACCGUGGCAUUCUUUCCGAGCUGCUGAUGGAAUGUAGGGACCUUCUCCACGAGCUGGUGGAGCACCACUUGACCGCACGCUCCCACGCGCGGAUCGACCAUGUUUUCAACCAUUUCGCAGACGUGGAUUUCCUAACCGAGCUGUACGGCCCAUCUGAAGAGUACAGACUUAACCUGAGGAAGAUCUGCGAUGGGAUAAACAAACUCCUAGAUGAGGGCACACUUUAACCUCCAGUUCGCAAUUCGUCGGAUGAGACUUCAUCAGGCUACUGGGAUUUGAAUGGUGGGAUUUUACGCAACUUGUGUUCUUUGGUUUUUGUUUGAAAUUCAGGCUGUCAUGAUAACUUGAUGAUGUGAUUGUAACCCAACCUGUAGGGAUGGUCAACCAAAUACAGAUUAAAGUCAAGUCCUGGUCUGUAUUGUCAAUGUACCAGUUGAUUGUUUGGGGGAAAUCCAUUUAAGUGGAGAACCUGAAUGAAUCGUUGUCCCGAAAACCUGUCCUUUGUGUGCAAUUGCAGGAACGUUUUAAAUUACGAGCUCCUUUAUACGCACUGUAUGAAGUUUGACCUACCUACCCUUUAAGAAUGGCCUAGCAAUGCAACCCUAGCUUUCUUCUGUACAUCCAUAAGAACCAAUUAAGAUGACCAGUUAAUACUCAAAAGCUAAAGGGAUAAAGUUCAUCCCAAAAUGAUCAUUCUAUGGUAAACCUAUAGUUCCAACCCUGUAUGGCUUAGUAUUUUUUUUUAUUGUAGAACACAAAAGAGAUGUUUGGCAUAAUCAACGUAUGUUUUUUUUGUCUGUAAAAUGUAAUUAAGUGGAAAAAAUGAACCUUAACUGUACCUUAAAAUUUACUUUAAAAAAAUACUUUUUAGUGAUAAUUUCCCCUUCUGCUGUUUUAUAUAUAUUUUAUAUAUAUAUAUAUAUAUAUAUAUAUAUAUAUAUAUAUAUAUAUAUAUAUAUAUAUAUAUAUAUAUAUAUAUAUUUAUUUAUUUAUUUUACAUACAAUUUGGUGCAAAUCAGUCAUUGUACACCUAAAUGUACAAAACUGACUUAUUAACUAACAUUACACCUAAAAAUGGAUCCUUAUAAUUACGGCAUUCAUUUUAUUUUUUUGUUGUUUUUCGUUAUAUCAAUGACCUUGUUUGCAACUGCAUUAUUAAACCGUUUACUUAAUAUAAAAUGCUAACUUUUUUUUUUCAGUUCUGCCAGCCCAUUUUCAAGAAUAGGCCUUUACAAUGUAAACGUACAUCAUAUUAUCUAUGUUUAAACAUGAGAUCAGGCUGCCCAUUCACACUCUUUGCUCAGCCUUUUGGAUUCUUCAGUAAAAAUAAAGUCAUACAGGUUCAGAAUGAGAUAAAGCCAAGUAACUGGUAAUGAUAAUUACAAAUUUUUGGAUGAACUAUCCCUAAAAGAUUUGAGAGCUUAAAAUGAAAAUGGCGCAAAGCUUUGUUGAACAGAGUGCACGCCAAAAAAUAAAUGCAUAACUGAAGUGCAGCAGAAAGACUGUAAAUACAUUUUGGGGUUUUGGUAUUCUGUCUUUUGCCUUUGUAAUGACUUGGUGUCACAGCAGCUGCCAUGAUCCUGUGCUUGGUUUUUCCUGAUCCUGAUGUUUCAUAGCAUGUAAUUGUGUGUAUACGUACAUGCAGAAGAGAAAUGUGACUAUUCCAUAAGCCUGUUCAGUAACCACAGAGUGUAGCACUAUUAUCUGUCAUUAAACAAUCCAUAUGAACUUC